GAGUGCUUUUAUAUUGAUUACUAAAACACAAUGAUCCGGCCUGACCUCUCUUUGCUGACACUGCUGCUGGGAAUACAUGCGCUACAUUGUGCAGAGGAUCCUGCCCUGACCUCGAAACUCACAGCCUUUCCUGCAGAUGAAGGAAGCAGACAGUUCUUCAGCCCCUUCCCAUGUCCAGAAAAAAUGCCGGCUGUGUGGAAAGCAGAGCAGACGCCUGUACUUACUCUCUUGUGCAGAAGAAAGAAGCUGCUAACUCCAGGACAGUUGUGGUCUGCCGAUCCCCCGAUACCCAGUCGAGCCAUUCCUGCACCGGAAGGGGAAUUCCUGGUGGAAAGAGAAAAGGAUCUCUCUACAUACAACUGGAACUCCUUUGGUUUGAGAUAUGGCAAAAGAAAAGCUGAGACUGUAUAUCCCAAGAUGAAUGUUUGGUAAUGAUAAGGGGAAGUCUGGAACAGGAUGUGAUUUGAGCAGGGACAAUAAAAUAUAUUUAAUGGAACAUAAAAGCCAAAAUGAAACUUUCAUAAUUCAGAAAAAAAUGUAAAUGUAAGACUUUUCAAUUUAUGCCGAUUAUUAAAUGUACUUUUUCCCCCUAGUAUACU